CAUAAGCAAAGCCUUCACCAUAGUAGGAUCGAGAAACACUCUUCCGGUCCGGGAGAAAAACAUGGCGGCGCCCUUGCGAAUGUCAUGUUGUUAACUGUCUUUAUGUAGUAUGUGUGUUCAAACGCUACCACAAACACGUUAAGCUUAUAUUUAAUAAUAUUACAGACGUUUCUGCAUGCAGAUAUCGGAUUUAUAAGAGAAUCAUGGUUCAUUUAUCAUCUUUCCUGCUCAAGAAAUAUCAUGGUGGGCAUGUGGUCAUCAGGCUGGCAUUAGGAGGUGUCACUAACAGACCUUUCUAUCGCAUUGUGGCUGCUUAUAAUAAACGGGCGAGAGACGGUAAAUAUAUCGAGCAGGUGGGAUCAUAUGACCCUCUCCCGAACAUUCACAAUGAAAAACUUGUCGCCUUCAAUUAUGAAAGGAUCAAGUACUGGAUUGGAUGCGGUGCCCAUACGACAAAACCAGUGGCCAAACUUCUAGGAUUGGCUGGAUUUUUCCCACUGCAUCCAAUGACAAUAACAGAAGCAGAGCGGAAACGAAAAGCCGCUUCGACAGAAGUUGUUAAAACAGAAAGUCAAGACCACGUGGAGCAGUAAAAUCAAAAGAGGCGCUGUAAACGUAAAAUAAAGUGUUAAUGAUUACAUUGCAUUUUAAUAGUGAUAAUAACCUUGCACUGAGCUUUCGUUUCACUGAUAUGAUUUAUCAUAUUUUAAGGGUUUUGGCAACAAGCUUCAGUGCAGGUUUAAACUCCAGACAUGAUUCAAAUUCCCUGGAAAUGGAAACCGUUUGAAAGAUAAAUGAGGGACUUAGACACUGAAAGUGAAUUCUGUAAUCAUUAAACAACAUUGAGCAGCAACGAUCGGCUAACAAAAAAAUUAAUGAAUGAUCUGGCCUGGGGAACCUACACUGAGAGUUGAAAUGAACAUUCUUCCUUGUUUAAUUUCAGGCAAAUUGAUCUGAACCUAAUGUUUAUACAAUUGUGUAACUCCAUAUCAGCAAACAGUGUACUGAUGUAUCUAACUGUAUACACCCAUGUUCUCAUAUUAAAUCAUUUUUAUAAUUUGUCA